AAGCGCCUCCGGGAGAGACUUCGCUUCCCAGGGGGCUCCGCGCCCCGUGCCCGGCCUCCCGAGAGGCCUUGCGCGCUUUACGCGCCACCUUCGGCCUCAGCCCGCGAGCAGCAGGAUCGCGGCGGAGAGAGGAUGGAGAGCAGCGACGAGGCGGCCAUCGAGAAGCACCGCGUCCACUUGCGCCCAGUCACGCUGCGCGACGCAGCCCCCGCUGCGCUGCACUUGCUGCCCUGUGAGGUGCUGGCGAGCCAGUCGGCCCCCGUGGGGCGCUUCUUCACGCCCGCCAUCCGCCAGAGUCCGGACGGACUCCAAGUGUCGUUUCGGGGCCGCAGUCUACGGGGAGAGGAGGUGGCGGUGCCGCCCGGGCUCGUGGGAUACGUGAUGGAGAACGAAGAGAAGUUGAUAGGGAAGCAGGACUUCUCGGGGGGUUUGGAAAAUCACAAUCAGGAAGAGGAGCGAAAGCCGGUGGAACCCUCAGAGCCGCUGGAGCGGGACUUUGACCGUUUUAUCGGAGCCACCGCCAGUUUCAGCCACUUCACCCUGUGGGGCCUAGAGACCAUCCCUGGCCCGGAUGCCAAAGUGCGUGGAGCCCUAACUUGGCCCAGCCUCGCUGCAGCGAAUGAUCUUCGCAUCAUCUCUGUACGUUAGUGCCUGCCCCUCAGAACCCUACUGCUUGGAAUUUCCUCAGCCAUGGCAUUUCCUCAGCCACUUCAUCCUCCACGUCAAGGCUCAAAUAUUACCGCCAUGGGUCCUGCUCACCCACCCUCUGUUUCACCCUGGGAUCUAAAUGGCCACUUGCAUGCCUGUCUCCCCCAUGGACUGUAAACUAUCAGAGAACAGAGAUUAUGUUUAAUUCCCGGUCAUCUGUGUACCUUACAGCACCUGCCCUAUAGCAGGAACUCAAUAAAAACAGGCUGAACUGA